AUGGACAAGGAAUGGACAAAAUUGGCUAGAGAGAGUAAAGAGUAUCAAAACGGUGUAGAUUUUUUCCUAGAUUAUGCAUACACCAAAGGAAAACCUCGUGGAAAAGAGAUUUCGUGUCCAUGUGCUGAAUGUUACAACACCAAUUGGUUCACAAGGAAGGUAGUACGAAAUCAUUUAAUAGCAUUAGGAUUUCGAAAAGGAUAUGAUUUUUGGGUUCGUCAUGGUGAAGAGAUAAGAAAACCCAAUGAUCUUAAUGAUGAUCAUGUGAAUGAUGAAGAGGAUCAAAUUGAUGAACUACUUUUUGAAAGAUUUAGAGAUGUUAUACAAGAAGAAUGUGAAUUUAAUGAAGGCCUCAAGGAAGAUGCAAAAAAGUUUUAUAAUCUAGUCGAAGAAGCCAAACAAGAGUUGUAUCCGGGUUGCAAAAACUUCUCAAAAUUGUCGUUCAGAAUUCGGCUAUAUUUAUUGAAGUGUUUGUAUGGUUGGAGCAAUGAAUCAUUUAAUGCUCUCUUAGAAUUGUUGAAAGAAGCUAUGCCUUCACUGAACAUCCCCGAUACGUUCAAUAAAACUAAAGGCAUGAUAAAGGACUUAGGGCUGGAUUAUACAAAGAUUGAUGCUUGCCCUAAUGAUUGCAUGACCUAUUGGAAAAAUUAUGAGAAUGAAACAUCUUGCCAUGUUUGCGGUGCUCCACGUUGGAAGGAAAUUGUCGAAGGAAACCAUCAAGUUGGAAUAAAUCAUGCAUCUUCUAAAGUUUCAGCUAAAAUAUUAAGACAUUUUCCCUUGAUUCCUAGACUUCAAAGGUUGUUUAUGUGUUCAAAGACGGCUAGCUCAUAA